AUUUAACAGACGAUCCUUGUCUAUAUCCCUGCUAGUAUCACACCGAAUAUCGCACCUUUUCGCCCAACAUGCACACGCUCCAAUCACAUAGCGACCUGCAGACAGCCAAUACCAUGAAGAGAAACGAAAGGCUGUCAGUUUCUGCAGUGGAUGAAUGAUCAAUCAUCCUGGACCUGUUCAGGCGACGCGGCCAACGAAAAAGCAAGCAGCCUUGCUGCGCCUCAGCUAAUACGACAAAUAUAAGCAGCCCCGCACUAAAACGAAACAUUUCUCUGCACUCACCUCGUAGGGCCUUGCCUUAUGCCAUUCGAUUAUGGUCGCCCCCGCGUUCGGUUUCAGCGUAGGGGACUUUCUGGCCGCUGGGGGGCUGAUUGUGAAAAUAUGCAAAGCGCUCAGGGAAGCAGGAGGCGCUGCGUCGGAAUACCAGCAGGUUAUUAUUGAGUUGGAAGGCUUGCAGAGAUGUCUAAACCAUUUGCAGGCCCUUGAGCCUGAUGAAUACAAUACAGCCCGUGUGAAUGCGCUUCGUGGCAUGGCUUUAUCAGUUAGGAUACCAUUAGAGGAGUUUCUGAGGAAGUUACAGCAAUAUGAGCAGUCGAUGGGACCGUUUGCGUCGCGGGCCCGACUGCAUGGUGCCUCUAAAAAGGCAAAAUGGGCAGUGACUGUCACUGAAGAAGUCAACAGAUUCCGCGCCAUCAUUGUUGCUAAGACUGUGAGCAUUAACCUGUUGAUUGGGAUACAUAACUCGUAAGUCUGACACCAGUUGCUGUUUAUCAUGCUUACUCUGCAGGGAGGGGAUCACUGGAGUUGCCAGAACGCAGAAAGAGCAAGACAAGCAUUUGAA